CCUGACAGUAAAGUAGUGGCUGACCGUCGUGGGAUUGAAAAAGUGCACUCGAUAAAAUCCACUAUAAUUUCGGACACCACUACAAAAUGUCCCGCCAAAUAGUGCGCUGUUUAAAGAAGUGAACCUUAUGGACAAGUUUACAGUUGUAGAAAUCAUCUACCGAUGGAGCCCAGAGUUUGGCAAAGGUUGUUUUUCGGCAUAUGAAGAACAUGUUUGCAUCUCAGCUGCAUUUUACCUCCUGUCUGCUUUCAUAUGGCUGCUUUCAUGUCCACUACUUCUUUGUCACAGAUGCAGAAUGAGAUGCAGACAUUGGGGAGAUGAGGCAGCAUGCGCUUUGUAUUGUUUUGUUGGCAAUUUAUGCAGCGCAGUGGGCGCUUUGCUUUCCAAUCAGUUUGCAUUUGUGAUUUCCAUGGCUUCAUAUGUGGCAGUACUGGAUGUCGUCCAUAUCUUGUCAAUAACCUGCGCCAUUUACUUAUGGUAUCAGUCAAAAAUAGGAAAGACCAUGAGAAUAAUUUCCAAGAGAAGGAGGCAGAAUCUCCUUGCUGUGUCUUUACUGUUUGUCAUGGGGGGCAGCGUUUACCUGACUUCACCUUCUCAUUUGAGUCCAGUAAUAUCUCCAUCCAGGAGAAAGCUACUCAGUCUCUUUCUUGAUGACUAUAUUGAGAACCUCGGCUACAUCCUGGGACUUCUGUCUUUUGCGAUCAGUUGGACUGCUAAGUUUCCUUUCUUUUUAAAAGCGAACAGAGGAGAACAGAGUUCAGCUCUCCAGGUGUCUUCUAGACUUCUGUGUUCUGUCGCCGGAGGUUUAUACGCUGCUUCCAUUCUGCUUUAUGACAUACAGCCAAGAACUGUUGUCAAAGCCAUGCCAUGGAUACUCACAGCUAUCUGCUGUGCUAUAAUGGAUUUAGCUAUUGUGGCCCUCGCCUGUUACAGAUCCAACCAUAAACGUCCUUCUGUUCGGCCUUUAGACUCGGAUACAGAGUCUUUACUUGGAGGUACAUCUGCCACAAGUCAGCUUUGCAACAACAAUGUUGAACGCUACAGAAAGAAGCACUGUGAUUCGUUAGCAAGAUGCAUCUCUUCUAAGGGCACUGAUAUGGGACUCUACAUGGAUGUCAACAUCCAGCCAAUGAGAAAGGUUUGUUUAAAGGAGGUGACAAUCUCUCGAGAUGGAUCAUCAGAUGCUCUUCCUCUUAAAAGUACAGUAAGAGUGGUACGGGUUGAUGAACCAUGUUCUUCUGGCACUUCUGAUUCGUCGUCCCUCAACUCUGAACUAGAGUGGGACUUUGAAGAAACAAAAACUCCAUGGAUCCCAGUAGAAGAAGCCCCUGCAGAGCUACAGAAAACGGAGGCGUUCCCUCUCCAAGAGUGGCAAGUGAGUCCAGGUUCAAAGUCAACCAGCAGACCUGGCUCUAACGUCUGCCUCUGUAACCGCGCACAGUUAGCUGAGAAGUUGGUGUCCAGAAAAUCAAACAACAACUAAGCUAUGUGCUAAAAAUGCAUUCAGAUUUUGUGUAUUCAGUUAUAGUGCAUGUAACGAUUAAUA